AUGGAAAAUGCUUAUUGCAAAGGCUUGAAUGUCCUUGAGAAACUAAGUCAUCCAGAUAUAAGGAUUAGGCCUAAAGCUCAGGUUAACGAGCUUAAGUUUCAUGGACACUUUUGCUGCGGGCCUAGUCUUGAAGCAAUAGUCACUCCAUGGUGCCCUCUCAUACCACAAGAUGCUCCACCUCCACACUCAGUGCCUUACAUGCAAAUGCAUUUGAUGAAAGAGUCUAGAAGUGAUACUAUUGAUGGCAUAUAUCAGAUAUACAAGGAUAGAGAUAAACUUGAAGUUCUCUUCAUUAUUGCUAGAGAGGAGCAACAGCAGCCAUUCUCACCUCCGGAUCUUCGUUUUAGGAUUAUAUUCAUUUCAAGGAGACAUAAGAAAGAUGUACUGGAACUGGCAGAGAAGGGACAUGAUCUCGAAGUUACAGUCAAUAUCACAGAGUCUAAGAAUGAAGUUAUGCGAGCUUUAAUGCCUCAAGAAUCAGAAAAUUUUGCUACUUUAAUUAAAGUAGUGCAUUACGUUAUUCAAAACCGUGUUACUGUGUCACUGUCUAGUGGAAUUUCUGAAUAUCCAAAUAUUUGUCCUGAAGAUAAGAGGGUUCUUUCAUGCUUUUUGGAUUUCCUUUGCUAUCAAUCUUUGGAAAACCAUAUUGAUGUGCAACUUGCAGUUUCCUCCAGUGUAAACUGUAUCUUUAACCUCUUGCAUCAGCCAAUUCACUUUGAUUACAUGUUUCCUAAGGACUUUAUCUUUUAUUUUGAUUUGGCUUAUACAAAUUAUAGAAAUGAAUCUGUGGAGAAAAAUGCUCAUAAAGUUAUGAUUCAUUAUUUACAUAAAUUAAAAAAGGUCCCAAUUGAAACUGUAGCAGAGCAAGUGGAACACUUUGUAAAACUGGGAGAUUUUAAAGCAGAUAUCAGUAGUGCAGUCAAUUUGUCCAGUGUUUUUGAGCACACUGCUAAAGCAUUCUUAAAGCAUUGUGAAUUAUAUUUUAAAAGAGGAGAAAUUUCAGAAGCGUUCCAUGUGACUCUUCUAUUAAUUUCUAUUGGUGUUAAGAUUAAUAGUUUUUCUGAUAAGAAAUUAGCAAAGUAUGAUCAUAUUUGGAACAAGAAAUUUAAUGAGUAUUACAAGUCUGGUUUCAGUCAGAAUCACUUGCUUUGCCUAGAGAAAGGACUGAAAGCAAUGACGACAAUACUUGAAGGCUUUCCUCAUUUAAUGUCUGAAUGGAAAGAUUUGUAUCUCAUUUUAUCUAGCAAAGUUUACACUUUUGAAACCAUGAAGGAAUUUAUUACUCAAAGUGUGAAGUAUCUUAUAAGAUCAAGACAAGAUAGUUCGUUUAGAAUUGAUUUUCUGCAGCCAUUGACAGAUAUGUGCUUGAAUGCUUCACGGAAGAAAAAGAUUGCAAGUCAUUUUAGUGUUGAUGCCAAUAAUGUAAUAAAAGAAGGAAAAGAAUUUUUAGCAUGCCUGAUUUUGUUAAUUGAUGAGCAAAAGUGGAGCGGAUAUGACUACUAUACAAUACUUGAGAAUUGGAUGAAAAUCAUUUUUAAUCUAAUUGAUCUAUCAGAAGAAUCACACAAAUUUCAAUUAUUUCAAUGGAUACAUGAGGAACAAAUCAAUUCAAGCUACUUUGACUAUGACUAUAGUUUUAACAAAGAAUUGGAAGAUUUUCUGUUAAGGUCUCAAAAUUUGUCAGCCGAAUUAUUAAUUAGCAUUGUAAAUUCAGUAUCAAGUGAACGGUUUGACAAAGCUAAGACGAUUUCUGAUUUUCUUGGAAAAUCUGGAGUUCAUAAAUCACUUCUUGAUGAGCCUAACUGUCAUCUCAUCAUUCUUGCAGUGGCUAU